AACCAAUUUGACUUAUUUCAGGAAUUGCCGAUCUGGAGUUACUGAAGACGGAAGCAGCAGAGAGAAAGUUUCCCGACAACGAACUCCUGCGUAAACUCAACACUGUCCUUAAAGACAUCGAGCGUUGCCAGGAGACCAGCACUGACUUCCUCGUCAGUAACUCAAGCAGCAGUGAGAGCAGGAUGACGUUGGCAGAGCUGCAAUCGUUGGUAGAGACGAUGCAGAACCUGCCCUGUGUGAUCAGCCAGCUGGAGCGAGUGCAGGCCGUCCUGCUGACGGUGGAGGAUUUCCAGAGCCAGGCUCAGACUCUGGCCAGCGCCUGGAGGCGGGACUCCCCUCCAGAGGAGCUUCAGGCUCUGCUGGAGAGAGGAGCCACGCUGCCUGUCCUGGUCCCCGAGUGCGAGUCCCUGGAGGGCCUGAAGGAGCAGGGCGUGUGGCUGGAGGAGGUGAGGCGCACCCUGGGCACAGAGGGCGGGGAGAGGCAGGAGGUGAUGCUGGACGCCUUGAGGACCCUGAUGGAGGCGGGCUGCAACGUGCCACAAAGCGUUUCUGUGGAGACGGCCAUGGCGGAGCUGCAGGAGCUGCUCACCAUCGCAGAGCGCUGGGAGGAGAAGGCUCAGAUCUGCCUGGAGCAAAG